AUGGGCGGAAGUGGAUCCAAAGCCAAAGGUGUCUGGCCUUUCUCAGGCAGCGUAGCUGGAGGCGAUUCAGCCGGCGAUGGGAACGAGCAGUCUUUGGCCCGUCUUAAAGGUUCCAGAAAUGCAACGCCGUUUGUUUUUACCAGGAGGAGCUCUUUAUACUACGAUGAGGACGGUGACCUUGCCCACGAGUUUUACGAAGAGGCAGUGGUGACCAAAAAUGGCCGGAAGAAGUCCAAGUUGAAGAGGAUCCAGAAGAAUUUAAUUCCACAGGGAAUUAUAAAGCUCGACCACCCCUGUAUUCACGUAGAUUUCCCCAUCAUCCUCUGUGAGGUGUGACGCAUUGCACAGGACUGAUCUGCUAUGAGGUGCAGCCGCGGGUUCUCAUCUCGGAGCAAGGUGUAUUUCCAGUCAUGGUCGAGGCUGGAACUUCCGUCACGCUGAAUUGAUAUAUUGAAUGAAAUGUUAUACAUUUUAAUUCACUUAUAGUCAAGAGUGCCCUGUCCACAAAAAUCCAUAUUUUGAUAUUCGACAACAGUAGAGAUGCCACAGGUUGUGUUUCCACCACCCAGCGGAUAUGUAAGCAGUCUUAGAGAAUACAUCAAACUGAGUUGUAAUUCUCUUGAGUUUUUUUUUUUGGCUGGGAAAAACAUCCUUGAUGUGAAAAGGCUUUAACAGUGUAUUGCCUUCUGUGAGACGUAGAGCGUUAGACUCUGUACGUGUCUUUGUAUGUGUACAUGUGUGCACUUAGGUUUGUUUGUGUGAAUGUGUGUUAAGACGGAUGUGAUUACAGGGUAGGGAGAUGAAGGAUUGUGAGGUUUAUUGUAUAUAUGGACAUGUUCUGUAUUGUCAUGUCUGAGUGUAUCUCAGUUACCGGAGCUCAGACCUGCACUAGUGAACAAUAAUGUACUGUAAAUAAUUUCAGAUUUCUUAGUUGGAAAUACUUGAAUAAAUGGUUUACUGAGCUGAA